CACAAAGUGUCAUCUCAGAGCACGACUCGCUCAACGCCUGCACAGACUCGCCUGCUGUCCUUUGCACUGCACUGCACUGCGCCAGUCCGAGUCACCACUGCCGCGCCCUCACCUUUUUCUAUCGCUCCUUCUCCGCCAUGGUUGCUGAGGAAGUGACAUCCCUACAAAGAUCCCGGACGUGAACAACUAUGGCCGACACCGAUUCCCCGCCAGCGCCCCGAGAGGACAUGGAGAAGCCUGACAUGGAGGAGCAAGAUCCACCUGCCUCAGACACAAGAGAAGAAGAAGAGGACGAGAGCGACUCAUCAGACGCCGAGUCGGAGCACGCAUCAGAGCACGCAUCAGAGCACGCCGAGGAUACGUCGUCCCCAGCGCCCGAAGCUCCACGGGAAGAGGCGGAAACAUCGACACCUGCGCCCGGAACACCCGUCCUCAACGUACCCAAUGGAGGAGACGCGCCGCGAUCAUCCGAGCAGAUCUUCGACCAUCGCCUGCCUAUCGAGAACCGGCCGCGAACCGACUCGCAGUCCACUGCAGCCACUACGGCCACGCGACCAUCCACAAAAAGCUCCCUAGUCUUCGUCGUCACCGCGCUCGAGACAAUCGCAGCUUCCAAAGAUGCUAGGAAGAACAAGAAACUCGGCGACAGCACCAAUGCCGCCUUGUCGGCAAUCAAGAAUGAGGGCGACCCGGCGCGCAUCAACCCCGAGGUCCUCUUUGAACCGCUUCAACUUGCCUCCGAGGCUCCCAACGUCCCCGUAUCCAUUACCGCGCUCGACUGCAUUGGCAAGCUCAUCAGCUACUCCUACUUCUCCGUGCCGGCCGAGCCGCGAGCCGACAACAGCGAGGUCCCUCCUCUGAUCGAACGAGCCAUAGACACGAUAUGCGAUUGCUUCCAAGGCGAGGCCACUGCGCCCGAAGUGCAACUCCAAAUCGUCAAGUCGCUGCUGGCAGCCAUCUUGAACGACAAGAUUGUUGUACACGGAGCAGGAUUGUUGAAGGCUGUGCGACUCACGUACAACAUCUUCCUCCUUUCCAAGUCAAGCGCGAACCAACAAGUAGCACAGGGUGCACUGACACAAAUGGUUGGCACAGUCUUCGAAAGGGUCAAGACGAGACUUUCUAUCAAGGAAGCUCGGAUGAACCUGUCGCGGUCAUCUUUGAAUGAUAAGGGGCAAUCAAGCGAGAGUGUACAGCCCGAGGGCAGCGCAGAAGACAUCACCGGAUCCGAGGCCAACGGCGAAGAUGCAGAAGACGAGCACGAUGCUGAAAUCGCCGAACCGAGCGACAAAGCAGUCGACCGGCACACUGGCCCCAAGAUCACGCUGCAAAGCUUCGAAAACAACAUGAGCUUCAACGAUGACCGUAUACACGAUAAUGCGCCAACGCUGGUGACCCGUAUCAAAGGCAAAGCUGGGUCACGACAUGUAUCCGGCCAGGAGGGUUCGCCUCAUGUCAACACCGAAGAAGAGGAGGAAGAUGAGAUAUUCGUCAAAGACGCGUACCUCGUCUUCAGAGCCAUGUGCCGUCUGAGCACAAAAGGUCUGUCUGUCGAUCAUGCCCACGAUGUGAAAUCCCAAGGCAUGCGCUCAAAGCUUCUCUCCCUGCACAUGAUUCACACUAUACUUUUCAAUAAUAUUGCUGUAUUCGUGUCGCCAUAUGCCACGAUCCGCAGUGGCAGCGAUGAGCCAACGAGUUUCAUACAAGCAGUCAAACAGUAUCUUUGUUUGAGCCUGAGCCGGAACGGUGCAAGUUCCGUGAAGCAAGUCUUCGAAGUUGCCUGCGAGAUUUUCUGGCAGAUGCUUAAAUACCUGCGCAUAUCACUCAAGAAGGAAGUCGAGGUGUUCCUAAAGGAGAUCUACCUUGCAACUCUAGACAAGCGGGGUGCUCCUGCAUUUCAGAAGCAAUACAUUUUGACAAUAUUCGGAAGGCUGGCUGCAGACCCCCGAGCACUGGUAGAGAUCUAUCUCAACUAUGAUUGCGAUCGCACCGCCCUUGACAACAUGUUUCAACGCGUCGUUGAACAUCUGUCCAAGAUCUCCAGCAACCCCGUCACCAUCACACCUGUGCAGCAGCAAGCGUAUCAGGACCAAAGAGAGAAGCAAUCAAGACAGAUGGAUUGGCAGAGCCGAGGCACUUUACCACCAUCACUUACGACCGUCUCCAUGAACUCAUCACACGACACGGAACAUGGCUACCCUCAAGAAUAUGCAAUGAAGCAGGAGUCUCUCGAGGCCUUGGUCGAAAUUCUACGAUCUCUCGUCAAUUGGGCUCAGCAAGCCCUGCCUGACAACCCCAAACAAAACCACCCUGACUUGCGACCGUCACUCGACGAUCUUCGCGUAUCAACAGACACGAGACUUGCUUCAGAGUCACCAAUGGUGGGAGCAGACUCUGGCACUGUCACGCCGCUUGCCGAGGAUGAUUACAGUCAGCUCGAGAAGGCAAAGCAGAGGAAAACGGCCCUCACGAAUGCGUUAAGACAGUUCAACUACAAACCGAAGCGUGGACUCAAGACCUUGAUCGCAGAAGGCUUCAUCCCCUCAAACAAGCCUGAGGACAUUGCGCGCUUCUUUCUCGACAACGACCAGAUCGACAAGACGGCACUGGGAGAGUUCCUUGGUGAGGGUGAUCCCGAAAACAUUGCCAUUAUGCAUGCUUUCGUGGAUUUGAUGGACUUUACCAAAACACGCUUUACGGAUGCCCUGCGGCGCUUCCUCCAGAGCUUUCGAUUGCCUGGUGAGGCACAGAAAAUUGAUCGUUUCAUGCUCAAGUUUGCUGAACGAUACAUCACCGGCAAUCCCAACGCAUAUGCCAAUGCUGACACUGCAUACGUUCUGUCAUAUUCGGUCAUCAUGUUGAAUGUCGAUCAACAUAGCAAGAAAAUGAAGGGCCCGCGUAUGACGCCAGCAGACUUCAUCAAGAACAACCGCGGCAUCAACGACAACGCCGAUCUGCCGGAUGAGUACCUACAAGGAAUAUACGAUGAGAUCUCACAGAAUGAGAUCGUGUUGAACACAGAGCAAGAAGCCGCUGCAGACAAGGGUCUGCUCAAUCAACAACCUGCAGGAGGGCUGUCUAGUAUAGGACAGGUUCUCACGGGAGGUGCUCGCGAUUUACAGCGAGAAGCAAUUGUACAAGCCUCGGAGGCAAUGGCUAACAAGACCGAACAACUGUACAAACAGCUCCUCCGAGCUCAACGGAGAACGGCAACAGCCCUGCCGGUCUCUAAGUUCAUCCCCGCAUCCUCAUCCAAGCAUGUCGGACCCAUGUUCGAAGUCAGCUGGAUGCCAAUUCUGACUGCUCUCUCCGGCCAGGCCCAAGAUCACAACAUUGAGAUCGUCCGCCUCUGUAUCGAGGGCAUCAAACUAGCAAUUCGGAUCUCGUGCUUGUUCGAUCUAGACAGCUCGCGACAGGCUUUCGUUGCUUUCCUCUCGCGCUUCACAAACCUCUACAAUGUGAGCGAGAUGAAGGCUCGGAACAUGGAGGCGUUGAAAGCAUUGAUCGAGAUUGCACAGAUGGAAGGCAAUCUUCUACGUGAAUCCUGGCGCGAGGUCCUCACAUGUGUUUCCCAGUUGGACCGUUUCCAACUAAUCUCAGCCGGUAUUGACGAACGUGCUGUGCCGGAUGUGCUCAAGUCGAGUUCCGGCACUGCGCAGUCGCGUAAGAACCUCAAUGUUCCAGCCAACCGUCGAAGGCCAACAUCACAAUCGAGCACUAUGAGCUUCCAAUCUGAAGUAGCUGAAGAGAGCCGAUCCACUGAUAUCGUCCGAGGAGUUGACCGCAUCUUCACUAACAGUGCCAACUUGUCUGGUGAAGCCAUCGUAGACUUUGUCAAAGCCCUUGUUCAGGUCAGCUGGCAGGAGAUCCAGUCGUCUGGGCAGAGCGAGUCUCCGCGUACCUACAGUCUGCAGAAGCUCGUGGAGAUCAGUGGCUACAACAUGACGCGUGUGCGCUUCGAGUGGACCAACAUCUGGCAGGUGCUUGGCGCUCACUUCAACGAGGUUGGAUGCCAUACCAACACUAACGUCGUAUACUUUGCUCUCAACUCAUUACGGCAACUCUCUAUGAAGUUCAUGGAGAUUGAGGAACUGCCCGGAUUCAAGUUCCAGAAGGACUUCCUCAAACCCUUCGAGCACAUUAUCAACAACACCAAUGUUGUCUCGGUCAAGGACAUGGUGCUACGCUGUUUGAUUCAGAUGAUUCAAGCGCGCGGUGAGAAUAUUCGGUCUGGCUGGAAAACCAUGUUUGGUGUUUUCACCGUGGCCGCCAGAGAACCCUACGAGGGCAUCGUGAACCUUGCGUUUGAGAACGUCACCCAAGUGUACAACACCCGUUUUGGUGUAGUCAUUUCCCAAGGCGCAUUUGCAGAUCUCAUUGUCUGUCUGACUGAGUUCUCGAAGAACUUCAAGUUCCAAAAGAAGUCACUACAAGCAAUAGAACUGCUUAAGUCAUCUGUACCAAAGAUGUUACGGACGCCCGAGUGUUCUCUAUCCGCCCGUGCUGGAUACCUGAAGGAUUCCGAAAAGGGCUCUUCUAUACCCAAGCAGCCCAGCCGACAAACACAGGAAGAGCAAUUCUGGUUCCCAGUUCUCUUCGCCUUCCACGACGUCCUCAUGACGGGGGAGGAUCUGGAGGUUCGGUCAAGAGCCUUGAGCUAUCUCUUUGAUACCCUGAUCAGCUAUGGAGGCGACUUCCCAAGGGAUUUCUGGGACAUGCUUUGGCGACAGCUUCUAUAUCCUAUCUUCAUGGUUCUCAAGUCAAAGUCGGAGAUGACGAAGGUUUUGAACCACGAAGAGCUUUCCGUUUGGCUAUCGACAACGAUGAUCCAGGCUCUGCGCAAUAUGAUCAAACUCUUCACCCACUUCUUCGAUUCGCUAGAGUACAUGCUGGACCGGUUCUUGGAUCUCCUCGCCCUCUGCAUAUGUCAAGAGAACGACACCCUAGCACGCAUUGGCAGUAACUGUCUACAGCAGUUGAUUCUGCAAAACGUCCAGAAGUUCCAGGCCGAUCACUGGAGUCAGAUCGUCAAGGCAUUCGUCGAUCUCUUCCAGAGGACCGAAGCAACAGCACUAUUCUCUGCUGCGACCAGCGGCUCGUCGGCACAAAGCACUCCGGUGAACGGUACAGGUAACACAUCGGACUUGACGACACCGACAGGAGAAGGGCCUCCUGGUGAAUUGUCGCUUCAAACACCUGCUGAAGAACCAAAGAUGGACAAUGCGCUCGGUAUCAACGGUCUUUCAGGCGCAAGGCGACCGUCUUUGGUGACCUCGGACUCUGCUAGCAUCAGUGGCGGGGUUGAGCAGCGUAUGCCGUCCCCGCUACCCAAACGUCAAACACAAGAGCUAGAAGACUACCGCCCCGAAAACCAGGAUCUCCAGCAACCACCUGUUGUCGUAACUGCUGCUCGCCGUCGUUUCUUCAAUCAGAUUAUCACCAAAUGUGUCCUACAACUCCUCAUGAUCGAAACGGUUCAAGAGCUCUUCACAAACGAAGCCGUCUAUGAGAAGAUCCCUUCUGGCGAACUGCUCCGCCUCAUGGCUGUGCUCAAGAAGUCAUACCAUUUCGCCAAGCGCUUCAAUGCCAACCGUGACUUGAGGUCACGUCUAUUCAGGGAAGGCUUCAUGAAGCAACCACCAAACUUGUUGAAGCAGGAAAGCGGAUCUGCGUCGGUAUACGUCAGCAUCCUAUUCCGAAUGUACCACGACACCUCCAACGACCGCGCCGCAUCACGCGCCGAUACGGAAGCUGCCCUGAUCCCACUGUGUGAAGACAUUAUUGCCUCAUACGUCGAUCUCGACGAAGAGACCCAACAACGCAACAUUGUAACUUGGCGUCCUGUUGUCGUGACCGUAUUGGACGGAUACACCGGCCUGCCCACCACAGAUUUCGAAAAGAACGUGGACCUCUUUGCGCCGCUUGUUGUCGGGCUUCUCGGCACGGAGAUGGCACCCGAUGUGCAGAGAAGCGUACAGGCGCUUGUUGGGCGCAUCUUCGAAACGAAGCUGGGUAUGGAGAAGGUGCCACUCAUGCCGGCCAUCAGUCGGAGUCCACGAGGUAGCUUUGUGGGUAGUCCAUCCCAAAGGAGGGUCAGCAAAGGUGGACGGUAGAGUGACUUUCCGUCCCACGUCUGCAUUCGAGGUUUCCUUGCUCAACACCUGCUGAUUUGUGUUUUGUUCUUUAGGUCUGAUUCGGCAAGCUAUGUCAACUUGUCAGCUCAGCACCUUUCUGUACUUCUUUUGGAUCUAAAGCAUUGCCACUGAGGUCUGGUUAUCUCCAGAAGGCGUUUCUGGGCGCGAAGCUUGGCUAUUUUGUACAGUAGUACGAUGUCAAAACCUGCAUCACUUUAUCGAUACUUUCUACGACUUCCCUUUCGAGCAAGAUGGUUAGAGAAGAAUACAUAGAUUACGAGCCG